AUGGAGACGGCACGCAGCCGCGAGGCGCUUGCGCCGCACAAGAACGCGUAUCUGCACUUCAGCCACGCUCGCCGCGACGAGUUGGCAGCGGAGAAUCCGUCGUGGUCCGUGCAACAGGUUUCGGCGGAGCUCGGGAGGCAGUGGAAGGCGCUGUCGGCUGCCGAGCGCAAACCCUGGGUCGAGCUAGCGCAGUUCGACAAGGCGCGCUUCCACACUGAAGCCCACCAUCAUGUGAACCAACAGCAGUCUGAUGAGCAACCUGAGCAGGCCCCACCCAAGCGGAAGAAGCAAUCCAACGAGCCACGCCAGCCAGACACAGCCUACAUUUGCUUCUGGAAGAGCCAACGACCAGAAGUGGUAGCUGCAAACCCGUUCCUCGCGGCGCCACUCGUGUCAAAAGAGGUCGGGCGCCAAUGGAGGGCUCUGUCGGAUGACGAGCGCCAGGUCUGGGAAGACUUGGCCGCCAAAGACAAACUCCGCUUCCAAGAAGAAAUCGCGCGCAUGCAGCCGACGCUAGCAGCUACUACUCCUGACAUGCUGUCUGCGCUGAAAACUCCAUUGAAAGACCCGUUCGCUCCCAAACCGGCGAAGACGGCCUUCCAGCUCUUUAUGAGCCACAACCGUGAGAGCUUCAUGCUACUGAAUAUGACGAUUAACGAGUUCCGUGCUGAGAUGAGUCAGCUCUGGAAGCGUUUGAGUGACGCGGACAAGGCGGAGUGGCACGAACUGGCUAAAGAGGACCAGCGGCGGUACGAUACCGAGAUGAAUGCCUACAAACCGCCGGCAUACAUGGACUUGGUAGUCCAACGUUCACACAAACGGAUGGAAGAGCUCAGGCGUCUGGCUCGCGAGGACUCGGCAGCUCCCCGCUUGCCGAUGAAUGCUUAUAACUGUUAUCUGUCGGCAAAGCGGCAGGAGCUGGUAGAUCGCCGUCCUGGUCGUAAGAACCCCGAAAUCAUGCGGGAAAUCGGUGUCACGUGGAAGGCUUUAAGUGACGACGAGCGUGCUGUCUACCAACGCAAGGCUGAUGAGGAUGUUGAGCGCUUUCGGGCAGAGAUGGAAGCUCAUAUUGCGAAGAAGAAUGAAGAGGAGGCUGCCAAUCCUCUAACCAAAAGACGGCCGCGAAAGCGGAAGGAGUUCGAUGAUGAGGAGGAGUUGGUUGAAGCAGUUCAAGGGCCCGUUCAACCCGUUCAGGUAAAGACACCUACUGUGCCGCGCAAGAAGCGCAAGUCCGGACCUCCGCGGCGACCGAAGACGGCCUACAACCUGAUGUACAUGUCCAAGCGCACGGAGCUGCUCUCAACGUAUCAGAUGUCUCACAACGAGUGCUCAGCACUCUGUGGGAAACUGUGGCGUCAAAUGUCGGAGGCUGAGCGAGAGCCGUACAAGCGUAUGGCUGCAGAGGACAAGCACCGCUACGAAGCUGAGCUGCAGGUGUACAAUGCGCAGCAAGAGGAGGCCAACAACAAGACGCUGCGCGACUCGGCAGGGUUUCGCCACUUCCUGGAGGCCAAACGCCGGGAGAACGAGGCGAUAUCCAGCGACGAGGCCGCUGCCAUUUGGCAGGAGAUGACAGAGCCGCACCAACUGCUGUGGACUGAACUCGCGCGCGACAACAAGCACAAGACCAGCGUCGAGAGGACAGCCGUCGACGUGCUCGACACUCUGCUCUGA